UCACACUCACACUGUUUCGUAACAUGCUGAAGUGAGCAGUGUAUGGUUAGUAAAAUUGAAAUUCAAAUUAAUUAUGCCAGAAUCAAUCUACUACGACGAGGUAGAAAUCGAGGAUUUCGAAUACGACGAGGACGAAGGAAUUUAUUAUUAUCCGUGUCCGUGCGGCGAUCAAUUUCAAAUAUCUCUCGCCGAACUAACCUCCGGCGAGGAAGAAGUCACAUGUCCUUCCUGCUCCCUCGUAAUUAAGGUAAUUUACGACAAAGAGUUAUUUCGCGCCAAGCAAGAAGAAUUUGAGAAGAAAAGUGGAAGAAAGAGAAUUGAUGGCGCAAAAAUUUAAAACAUUUGACAAUUAUUUUUGAGAUAAUUUUGGUAAGUAGAGAAGUCACUAUUGAUUUUUUGGUUACAACAUUAUAUAUUUUUAUAUCGCCAAUUAGGACAUCACCAAG